AUGUUCUGGCUUGCGGAACCAUUGAGGUUCACCGAGCGAUUAGGAAAGAAGAUCCUCAUUUUGGACGUCGACAGUCGCCAUCUUGAUGGCCCCAAGGGUGUUUUGAGCAAGGCUCCAUUGAACGCGACCGGACUUCCCCCAGAUACAAGUGGUAGACUCAACCACUUCAUGUUCGCAAUGAUUCACGGCUACGACUACCGACUAGUUCAAAUCCCCAGUACAGUCGGCCGAUCUCCAACAUGGACCAAAGUCACAAUAAUCAAAGAAGCGUUGAAACACUACGAAUACGUUGUAUUCAUUGAUGCAGAUGCCAUGAUGCCAUACCCCAAUCUACCAAUGGAAUGGCUAUUCAACUACUGGGAGAUCACUCCGGAGACUCUAGUUGCCAUGGCGCUCGAUCCAGAAGCACCUCAUAACCGUGAUUGGAACAACCGCACAUUUCUCAACACCGGCUUUAUUAUUGCCCAGCAGAGCCCUCGUACCCAUGAACUCUUUGAGGCGUGGGAGGGUUGUCCCAACGAAACGCGCUAUUCAGGCUGCGGGAGGUGGGGUCAGGAAUGGCCACAUGAGCAAUCUGCAUUUGGGAACCAUGUUAGACCGGAAGACAUUCGGGUCUUGUCUUGUGCAGAGGCAAAUGGGUGUCCUGAGAUCGCAGCUACCGGGUGUGCUGGGGAGUUGGUAAGGCACUAUUGGGGUGACAAGAGGUCACUGCCGGCUAGUGUGGGGGAUGCGGUCUUGCAGUAUUUUUUGCCGCAGUUGCAUGGGACUUUUUAUCGUAAUUCUCGGUCUCUGGUGGUGAAUAGGACUGAGCGUGCAUUUGUAUGA